AUGUCUGACCGUGGUGGUUAUCGUGGCCGUGGCCGUGGCGGCGGAGAUCGUGGUGACCGCGGAGGCGGUCGAGGCCGCGGUGGUGGUGGACGCGGAGGACGGGGAGGAGGAGACUUCGAUGGCGGCGGCCGUGGCCGUGGAGGGUUCGCUGGCGGAAGAGGACGCGGUGGAGGCGGUCGUGGCCGCGGAGGCCCUCCAAGCAUCUAUGGCGAAGGCCGUCCUGUUCCUCCACCAGAUCCCGAGGUUCAGAAGCUCGAGGAUGCCUAUAUCAAACAACGCAAAGGAUUGAGUCUUGACUCCCUUAAGCUCUCCCAGGCAUUCCCCUUGCGACCAGCUUACGGUACUCGUGGUGCUCCAGUGGUGCUCUGGGCAAACUACUUCCCGCUUGUCCCCAAGUCAGGCAUCACUCUGUUCCGCUACACAGUCAGCGUCGGGGUCGAGGGUAAACAGCCGCCUGGUUACCGAAAACUCAAGCGGAUCUUUGAAGUUCUUCUGGAGGACCACUAUGCUAGCUUCAGAGGUCGUAUAGCCACCGACUUUAAAGCCACUUUGGUCUCGACCGUGUCCUUGGAACUGGCGUCUGAGUCAAUCGAGGUGGCAUACAGGGACGAUUUUGACACCGUUGCUGAGCCAGAUGCCCCUCGAUACACUCUUCGUAUCAUCGAAGUUCCCCCGUUGAACCUAGAUGAACUUAUUAAGUUUCUCAAGUCCCCGGGUGCUGAUUCAUUCGGUCAUAGCAAGGAAGAAUAUCUCCAGGCUCUCAACAUUAUCACUGGCCACUACCCCAAGAUCGCUCAGGAUACCUUCAGUGUUGGCCCUAACAAACAUUUCAAGGCUAAGACCAAUGACAUGUUUGACCUUGGAGGAGGUCUUAAUGCUUUCCGAGGCUAUUUCGUCAGCACUCGAGCCGCGACAUCUCGCCUCCUGGUCAACGUUCAAGUCAAGCACACCACUUGCUUUUAUGACGGCCCUUUGGUCAACUUGAUGGCGAGCACUCAUAAUCUACUUGGCCUGAAGCAAAUGAGCAACUUACUCAAAGGUGUCAAGAUCUCAGUCACCCAUCUCCCGCCAAAGAUCAGAGACGGUGUGAGGCAAUAUCGCAAAAAGACUAUCCUUGCGCUUGCUACCCCCAGGGAUGGGCCAAACAGCGCGUUCCCUCCGAAAGUUGACCACCCGGGCGCUGGGCCAACUGGUGUCCAGUUCUACAUUGCAGAAAGUGAGGAGUUUGAGACCGGCUAUCACUCUGUUUUCGACUACUUCCAGAAGCGCUAUAAGGUAAAGAUGGACAAGCGUUGUCCUGUGGUAAAUGUCGGGACGCAAAACAAUCCAAGCUACCUCCCUGCUGAGGUCUGCGUGAUUGAACCCGGCCAGUCAAUCAGGUCCAAACUGAGCCCUGCUCAAACCCAAAAGAUGAUUUCCUUCGCCGUUAGACGACCAAAGGAGAAUGCUGAGUCCAUCGUCAGCCAUGGGGCCCAGAUCAUUGGCGCAAUGAACCAACCUCAAGCCAUGGGCAACAUGAACAUAUCGAUAACACCCAAGCUUAUUACUGUUCCGGGGCGUGUCUUGAAUAGCCCCUCGGUCCGUUAUAAGGGCCAGGGAGUGGCUAAUAUCCGUUUUGGCAGCUGGAACCUCAGCAACCUGACAUUUAGAGUUCCAGGCGCUCCAUUGAAGGACUGGGCAUAUGUCACGAUUGGAGACGGACACAUACCCCCUGACCCGCUGCGUGCUGUGCAGGAUCUUGUCAAUACUGCAAAAUUACAAGGCCUGACCUUGGGAAUCCCGCUUAAGGCUAGUGAAAACUCUCAUGGCCUUGGGUGGAUGGUCAAUUACAAAGAUCCUGGUAAUAUCGAGAAACAUGUUGAUGAAAUGUUUAGGAGAGUCAAGGCAAACGCUAACCUCAAGAACGCGAGAUUACUGCUGAUUGUCUUACCAAACGAUAAUCCAACAGUAUACAAACGGAUCAAGCUCAAUGGCGAGGUCUUCCAUGGUAUUCAAACCAUCUGUGUCAUUAGGUCGAAGUUCGACAAAGCAAGCAACAUCCAGUACCAUGCCAACAUUGCUAUGAAGUUCAACUUAAAACUUGGAGGUACAAACCAUGUUUUGGAUGACUCUAAAAUGGGCAUCAUCGCCGGCGGAAAGACUAUGGUUGUUGGCAUUGAUGUCACUCACCCUGCUCCAGGAUCAUCCGAGAGCGCACCCAGUGUGGCCGGUAUGGUUGCCAGUGUUGACAAAACCCUCGGCCAAUGGCCAGCAAUCCUGAGAUUGCAGCGUGAAGCCAAGCAGGAGAUGGUUGAUGAUCUCACGGAUAUGCUCAAGUCUCGUCUUCGCCUUUGGCAUAAAAAGAAUGGUGCGUACCCUGAGAACAUCCUCGUUUAUCGUGACGGUGUCUCGGAAGGACAAUAUGGCAAAGUCCUCCACGAAGAGCAUCCUCGCCUACUCAAGGCCUGUAGGGAACUUUACAGCGGUGGACCAACCGCAAAGCUGCCUCGAAUGACUAUCAUCGUUGUAGGGAAACGGCACAACACUCGGUUCUAUCCCACCAAGGCCGAAGACUCUGAAAAGGACAAUGCUCGCUGUGGCACUGUUGUUGACCGUGGUGUCACCGAAACCCGUAACUGGGACUUCUUCCUGCAGGCCCAUACCGCCCUCCAGGGAACAGCUCGCCCGGCUCACUACUACAUUGUCCUCGAUGAGAUAUUCUCCCGCCGCCAGAACCCGGCAUAUCCAACUGUCGCUGACGAGCUCGAGGAUCUCACUCACAAUAUGUGCUACCUCUUUGCCCGUGCCACCAAGGCGGUUAGCAUUUGCCCUCCGGCAUACUAUGCUGAUCUUGUUUGUGAGAGAGCAAGAGCUUAUCUCAACUACUUUUACGAUGAGAGCCUUAGCUCGAAGUCUGGCGGAUCUGCUUCCUCUACUGCUUCGGCUAAACACCUGCAGCCUCAUCCAAAUAUUAUCGAUACCAUGUUCUACAUGUAA